CUUCCUGUUAGGGCUUUAUUCGGCUUCAUUCGUACCGGAAGAUACAGAACAUUCACUGCCAUUGAAUCACAUACAGAUACAGAAACCUUUUCGAACUGUAGCUUGAGGGUUUUGGGUUUUAGGGUUUGUUUCGAUUUGGCAAGAAAAAGGGAAAAAACAAUAUGGGGAAGAGCGAGAAAACUGGGUUAGGGAGGGCACUAGUGAAGCACCACAACCAAAUGAUCCAGCAGUCUAAGGAAAAGGGGAGAGACUACAAGAAUCAGCAGAAGAAGAUACUUGAAUCAAUCACCGAUGUCAACGAUAUUGAUGCCGUUAUUGAGCAGGCCGAUGAGGCCCAACGUCUCUUCUCUGUGGAGAAUCCCGUCCCCAACCUCCUUAUCGACUUGGACUCAAGCGCUAGCUCCAAUCAGAUGACACCCGGUGAAAGGAGAGAACAACAGAAGAAAGAGGAGGCAUUGCAUGCUAGCAGUCUUCGUGUGCCGCGCAGGCCGCCAUGGAAUUCUAAAAUGUCUGCGGAAGAGCUUGAUACCAAUGAGAGACAAGCUUUCUUAGUUUGGCGUCGAAGCCUUGCAAGACUUGAGGAGAAUGAGAAGCUUGUUCUUACUCCAUUUGAGAAGAACCUGGAUAUCUGGAGACAGCUUUGGAGGGUGGUUGAACGCAGUGAUCUGCUUGUAAUGGUUGUUGAUGCACGGGAUCCGUUAUUCUACCGUUGCCCUGAUCUUGAGGCAUAUGUGCGAGAAAUUGAUGAACACAAGAAGACAAUUCUUCUUAUUAAUAAGGCAGAUCUUUUACCAUUCUCUGUCAGAUACCAAUGGGCAAAGUACUUUUGCCUUCAUGGGGUUCUUUUUGUAUUCUGGUCUGCAAAGGCUGCUUCUGCAGCUCUGGAAGGAAAACAGCUUAGUGUCCCUUUAGAGACUCAAAGUAGCCUGCAAGAAUGUGUUGAUGCUAAUACAAAAAUAUAUGGCAGGGAGGAAUUGUUGGCCCAUCUACAGGCUGAGGCAGAGGAGAUAGUGUUGAUGAGGAAAUCAGGUUCCUGUACAACAGACCCAUCUCAUGUUCAUACUCCGAGUGGAAAUGUUGCAGGAAGUACAGCAUCUAAUAGUGUAACUGUGGGAUUUGUGGGGUACCCUAAUGUGGGGAAAAGCUCAACAAUCAAUGCUUUGGUAGGCGAAAAGCGGACAGGCGUAACAUCAACGCCAGGGAAGACAAAGCAUUUCCAGACACUGAUAAUAUCCGCUAAACUUACACUCUGUGAUUGCCCUGGAUUGGUUUUUCCAUCAUUCACAAGCUCAAGAUAUGAGAUGAUUGCUUCUGGGGUUUUACCCAUUGAUCGAAUGACGGAGCACAGAGAGGCUGUACAGGUUGUGGCAAAUCGAGUACCUAGGCACAUCAUUGAAGAUGUCUACAAAAUCUCGCUGCCAAAACCCAAGCCAUAUGAGCUGCAGUCUCGACCUCCCUCGGCAUCAGAACUUUUGAGGGCAUAUUGUGCAUCUCGUGGUUAUGUUGCCUCAAGUGGACUGCCAGAUGAAACUAGAGCUGCCCGCCAAAUUUUGAAGGAUUACAUUGACGGCAAGCUGCCCCACUUUGAGCUGCCCCCUGGAUCCUCAAAUGAGGAAGCUGCUGCAAACGAUGCUGUUGGACCCACCAAGUCUGAGAUGCAUGAAUCAGACUCAACUGAUGAUGAGGAUGGUUCAGAUAGUGAAGGUGAAGGUGCACCCAGUCUAGAGCAUGUGCUGAAUGAUCUAAAUUCAUUUGACAUAGCUAAUGGUCUAGCUUCUAGUACGGGCCCUGUUAAGAAAAAGCCUCCAAGUGCAUCCCAUAAACAACAUAAGAAGCCUCAGAGAAAAAAAGACCGCUCAUGGAGGGCUAGGAAUGAUGAAAGUGAUGGAAUGCCAGUAGUCAGGGUCUUCCAAAAGGCAGUAAAUACAGGCCCAAUGAACACUGGAUAG